AUGUCUACUCAGUAUGCCAGUGAGCCGAACCCCACGGCCUCGGCGACACUCCAUACGACCAUCGGUCCGAUUCACAUUUCCCUUUUCGCCAACCAGGCGCCGCUUACUUGCAAAAACUUCCUCCAGCACUGCAAGGACAACUACUACGCCGGCACAAUCUUUCACCGUAUUGUCCCAGACUUUGUAGUUCAAGGUGGCGAUCCUACGGGCACUGGAUCCGGAGGUACCUCCAUCUACGAGUAUCCCGAGUUCGAAUAUGAUCCCGAAGCACGCGACCCGAACGAGCGCGUCGUCCUUCGAGAUGAAAUUCACAGUCGACUGCGCUUCAAUCGACGUGGCCAGGUGGGCAUGGCCAAGAGCGAGGAUGGAUCAUACGGAAGCCAGUUCUUCAUCACGCUGGGAAACACGGAGCGGGAGAUGAACGGGCAAUGCACGUUGUUUGGGAGACUGGAAGGGGACAGCAUCUUCAAUGUGUUGAAGAUUGCAGAAAUGGAUCGUGUAGAGGGAACUGACCGGCCCAUUUAUCCCGUCAAAGUGACCUCUUGCGAAGUCGGGGAAUUGGGACCUUUGGCAGGGAAAUUGAAGGAUCGGCAAACCAUCUCCACGGCCACUGCAGAAGCCGACGAGCAAGCGUCCAAAAGGAAGAACAAGAAGAAGAAGGCCGCCAAGGGAGGAAAGGUCUUACUUAGUUUCGGCGACGACGAAGGGGACGAGGGCAUGCCCAUACGUCCAGCCAAGCCAAAAUUUAACACCAAAUUGGUCGCCGAUGUGUCAGGCACAGACAAUGAGACCACGGCGAGGAAGACGUCACAAAAUACCACUGAAAAGGAGCCCUCCUCCACAAUUCGCAAAAGACCUCGAUCCCCUUCACCAGAUCGGCCUCCCUCACCCGUGCGCAAACAAAGAAUCAAAACCCCCGAACCGCAAGCGCAAUUACCACUACCAGACCCAGAAUCGCCCUCUCGCUCUCCAACCCCAGUCUCUCCACCAUCCAAGGAAGUUUCUUCGAAGCUCUCGCGAAUGGAAGCGGAGAUUGCUUCGUUGAAAGCGUCCAUGCGACGAAACGUCGACAUCGGGCCUGCCGACGUCGGCCGCAAAAAGUCUGCUCUCGAGGCCAUGAUCCCUGAGACGGCUACUCGUGGUCGAAAAAGGCCAGCGCCCGGUUCGACCAACGGCGCCGCGGCAGGCUCAAGCUCCAGAAACUCUGCUGAAAAGGCAGCGCUUGACAUGUUUAAUGCAUUCAAAGCCAAGCUUGAGGGAGCAACAGAAUCCAAAGGUCCAACAUCACAUAAUCACACCAAUGCCCACUCUCACGAAACCGAGGCCAAGGGUAAAUCCCAUCAGGAAGAUGCACAAGAUGAGGAUGAAGAAGCACAGCUCUGCGAUCUACAUUUCAUCGCCAAUUGUCAGUCCUGUAAAUCGUGGAAUGAUCCCGAUGCCAACGCAGACGAGGACGAAGAGGUUCAUGAUCAAGGCUGGCUGAAUCAUACCCUACGAUUCGGCAAAGACACACUAGGCAAAGAUCUCAACUGGAAGAAGGAACAUCCCGAUGAUGCGGAUUCGCUGAUGGUGAUUGAUCCGCGAGAGAAAGAGAAGGAUUUGGGAGGGCCGAGUGGACGUAAGAGAGGAUUGCAACGAGACUGGGAAAGAGAGCGCAAGCGUGAGAGAGCCGGAGAACGAGAAUGGGACCGUGCAGGCAAGUAG